UAGUAUCAGUCCCAUAUUGGAUUGCUAACCAUUCAGACCUCACUCUCCCGUUUUCAUUCUCCCAUUGAGAUAAAUAUUUUGGAAUCGAAAAUGUGCUGGAAAUUUGUUGUCCCGUUGACGACCCUGGUGGUGUUCAGUCUCCUGCUGGUGAGCAUGACUGACGCAUCACCCAGUUUCAACAACUGCAACAAGGGCACCAAGGCCUCGUGCAAGAUAAACCACCAGAUGGCCAGCAAGGUGGCUGCCGAGGCAGCCACGUCUGCCGCGGCGGCCCUGAAGGCCGGUGGUGAGGCGGCCACUCAGCAGAUUCGGCUAGUGCUAUCGGAGCACGCUCAACAGGCGGCCGCAGCGGCCUCCGAUAUUCUAGCCGGUAAGAAAAAUCAAUUGGAGGCUUUGAACAAGCGCCUGGCUGAGAAUCAGAAAGCCAUCGAUGAGGGAAACCGAGCCAUAGCCAUCACCAUUGGCACCAUGAAGCGGGUGUCGUGGAUACGGGAGAGCACGCGUCAGGGUCUGGAAAAUAUGAUGUCCAUGUACAAUGAAUCACUCGGCACCCAGGCGGAUGUCAAUUACCUGGCCGACUUUGCCGAGCAGGAGGAGGUGGAGAAGACCAAGCUGUUCACGGAGGCAACACGGCGUUUGGACAACCUAAAGAAGUGCAUGAAUCUGGCCGAGGAGGAUCUCAAGAGCAUCCGUCAGAGUGCCAUUGAGGCUAAUAACGCCGCCGAUGAGGCCAAACAGAGAAUCGAUAUGCUGCGCCAGUUGGUCCCAAAGAUUAAGAUGCUCAAACGUGAAGAUCUCCAGACAGUCACUGAUUUCCUGCUCAAGCGCAGGCGUUCACCAAAACACAUUUCUGCUAAAAAUUCUUAUUGAUUUCUUGCGUUUGUUAAUAUUUACAACGUUAAUUCGUGACUUUUGGAAUUGUUAUACACAGGACAAAGAUACACGAGAACAAUAUACAUAGUGUUGGCACAAAAAAAACUUAAAGAACCUU